AUGUAUUUAGAGAUUGUCCCGUCUACUCUCUACUGGUCCUCUUCAGCCUCUGAGAUUAGUCCUCAAUUAUGGUGGCGCUCAAUCGUCGAGAAUUUCAGCUAUCUACCAGCAAAUCAAUUUCCUGAAGGCAUCCAAUCAGCAGUAGGCUUUACAACAAUCUGCAUCAAUGUUCCCCGCCAUCUCAAUUAUCUUCUGUCCACCUUCCUUGCCAUGGGUGGGAAGCUUGUCAAAGCUCGUCUGCCGACGGACAAAGGACUUCCAGGAGCUUUGAGAUUUGCGGCCUCUUUGGCGAUGAGUCAAGAACCACAUGAGAGGCUCAUUUGUGUGAACGCGAGUGGGUUGGGAGCGAAAGCGCUGGUACCGGAUGAUGCUAUGUUCCCUGUGAGAGGACAGACCGUGCUGGUGAAGGGGGAGGCGAAGUAUGCAAAGACGAUGAACGAAAACAAGUAUGUUAUUCCACGACCGGGAAGCGGGACGACGAUUCUAGGCGGUACUAGGGAGGUUGGGAAUUGGAGCACCGAGGUAAGCAACAAGGCCACGAAUGCGAUUCUGGAAGGUUGCAAAAGCCUGGCUCCGGAGCUGUUGGAAAAAGACGGAUCAUUCGAGGUCUUGAGCGUCCAGUGUGGUCUUAGGCCAGCAAGAGAGGGCGCCCCGAGAGUGGAGGCCGAAAUUGUAGACGGGAUAUUCAAAACAGUGCAUUCGUAUGGUCAUGCUGGCGCUGGCUAUCAGAAUGCGAUUGGCAGCGCCAGGAAAGUUGUGCGAUUGGUCAAAGGACUAGACUUGGAGGCGAGCACGUCGGCGAAGCUUUGA